UAACGCCUUUGCGGUGCCUCAAAUGCUUCGGAUCGCUUCAUGCGUGCGCCUCCUCUUUUCCCCUCCUUAUAAAUAGCCUCGUCACUCUCUUUAAUUUGUUCAUCUUACACCUUGCUUUCUAAGUUAUCUCCAAACCAAAAUUUCCUACAAAAUUGAGAUUUCGAAGUGGUUUUUUAGCAUCUAAAAUCUCAAAUUCUCCUAAAGUUUGGAUCUUUUUAAGCUUUUAGUACUUCCGGUAUAGCUUUUUUAAACUUAGAAUUUGUACUCUGUGAGAUUUGGAGUAGUUGUUCUUCUCCUCUGAUAGGAGUAAUGAUUGGGAUUUACGAAGGUUUCAUCUUGUGGAAAUAUUGCCUAGUUUUGGAGAAACUUAGCAUUGAGAAAAGCUUCUAUUUUUGGAUAUUCCAAAUCUUCAAUAGGCACUGUGUUGGAACAUAGACGCAGCUCUUUUUUCUUUUCUUUUCUUUUUUCCCUAAUUAGUUUUAAGAUUUGAAAUUCGAACUGCUCGAAAGUGUUACAUUAAGACACUUUUUUCAGGAAGAAAAAAAAGAAAAGAAAAAAAAAGCUGUAGUAAGAUGACUUCUAUGACUCUGCCCCCGGGUUUCCGGUUCCAUCCCACGGAUGACGAAUUGGUGGGAUACUACUUGAAGAGAAAAGUCGACGGUGUCAAGAUCGAGCUCGAUGUAAUUCCGGUGGUCGAUUUGUAUAAGUUUGAGCCGUGGGAGUUACCAGACAAAUCAUUCCUCCCGAAAAGAGAUUUGGAGUGGUUCUUCUUUUGCCCGCGAGAUCGGAAGUACCCAAAUGGGUCACGCACAAACAGAGCGACGGUAUCAGGCUACUGGAAAGCCACGGGCAAGGACCGCAAGAUUGUGUGCGAGCUUUCUAUUUACGGGAUCAGGAAAACUCUCGUUUUCUACCAAGGAAGGGCUCCUGGAGGAGAAAGAACUGAUUGGAUCAUGCACGAAUACCGUCUCUGCGAAGAUUUUUCUCAUGGAACCUCUAACUUCGUGGGAGGUUUUGCUUUGUGCCGUGUAGUCAAGAGAAAUGAUAAUGGCCUGAAAACAAGUGAUCUUGAAUCCAAAGCUAAAAGAGGUCCUUCUCCUAUACUUGGCUUAAGCUUAGAAGGAUGCUGCAGCAAAGCUUCAAAGAUCCCAGAAGAACAUUCGUCUCUUGCAAGCACUGUUUCAACACCAAUCAAUUCUCCAGAAGAUAUAAGAAGAGAUGUGGAGUUUAAUCCUGUUUUAAUAGACUCUGAUCACCAAAUCCAACAUGCUUUGAAGAGUGCUCAGUGUAGUGAAGCUGUAUAUCAGUCGGCAACAACACCGUGGCUUCCUAGUUCAGCAGAAUCAAAUUCACCUUGCAGUCCCUCUCAUCUAUCCUCCAUCAACUUCGCAGGGGAUGAUUUUCUUAUUAAUGACUUUCAUGGCGACGAAUGCCUCUCAUUUCUCCCAAGUUUGGAGGAGCUCUCCGAUCAUAGCUUUGAAUUUGAUAUGCUGAAAUACCCGAAUACAUCUCUCAGUGGUGCUGAGACCUGGAACCAAUUAGUACCUCCAACAAUCUGUAGGCAAGAAAGUGCAGGAGAGGAGGCCAACUUGUGGUUUCAGGAGGACAAUAUGAUAAUUAUGAUAUGAAGAUGGAAUGUGAAGGAAUUCCGAGGCAACGCCUUUUCAAUAUUUGCUCUCGGGGAUAGAAAUGGAAUGAGGCCCGCGGGUAUGAACUAUUCAGAACAAACAUAUCCAGAAAUACUACUUUUAGUGUAUGUAUCUGGAAUUCAUGCUUGUAUUCUACUAUUCUCUGGCUAUUUGUAUUAGGAGUAAAAUGGUUUCCCAGGCUGUAUAUGAUCACUUCAAUUGAAUUGAUGAUGUGUAAUGUAUCAGAAUCAUCAAGGGAUGUAUAGUUUCUCUUGUUCUCAUGAUUAUACAGUGUAUAAUUAUAUAGUGAAUAAAGUGUUUUAUUCUUAUGUUGUAUAACA